CAGCCUAAUAAAUGGGUCCAACCCAACUUCAACUAUCCACCAAACCGGAUUUUUCAAUUUUUUGUUGAUCCAACCUCUAAUCACCUCAUCCAUGAAAAGGCCCAGUAAAAUUCCGGCGAUUGCGGCUGUGAUGCCGGUCGAACCUUCAUCACCACAAUAGUCUUCUUCCAUUCCUUUCCUCGUCACAAGAAUUUCAUAGCAUCUAACCUGAUACUCCGUACGAAGUAUUUCUCACCAAGGUAAUCUCGGUUUUGAUUUCUAUCUUUCAUUCUCCUUAAAUUAACUCACUGAUUUACCUUCUCUUUUGAAAAUCUGCAUUUCUCUAACCUGAUAUGGCGAUUUCAUCAAUUCCUCGUUUCCUUUCCUUCGCAAUUAGACUAAAAAACCCAUCAUUUUCACUUAUUACAAGAAUUAACUUCUCAACUGCAGAAGAAUUUUGCUCCCAUCUCUUAAAUUACCCCCAAAACCCUGAAAAAACCCUAGUUAAAAUUACUGCUCAAUUAGAUGUUCAAUGUGUUGGUGAGGUUUUGCGUAGAUUUUCCUCAAAUCAACCUCAAUUGGGUCUUCGUUUUUUCAUAUGGGCUGGUCUCCAGCCUAAGUAUAGGCAUACUCAAUAUAUGUAUAGCUUAGCUUGUAAGUUGCUCCAAAUUCGCCGAAGCCCAAGUAGGAUUAGAGAGAUUCUCGAGUGUUAUUCGGUUGAAGGUUGUCAAACUAAUGUGAAAUUGUUCAAAGUUGUUCUUAAUUUGUGUAGAGAAGCUAGGGUUGCUGAUGAGGGUUUGUGGGUAUUGAGAAAGAUGGGUGAUUUUGGUUGUCGACCGGAUUCGACCAUGUAUAAUGUGGUUAUUGGGUUGUUUUGUGAUAAGGGGGAUCUUGAUAUGGCAAUGGGGUUGAUGAGGGAGAUGGAAUCAUGUAAUUUGUGUCCUGAUAUGAUUACUUAUAUGUCAAUGCUUAAGGGGUUUAGCUAUGCUGGUAGAUUGGAAGAUGCUUGUCAGUUGUUUAAGACUAUGAAAGUUCAUGGAUGUGUUCCGAACUUGGUGGCAUACUCUGCUCUCCUUGAUGGGCUUUGUAGAGUUGGUAGUUUCGAGAGAGCGUUGGAAUUGUUGGGUGAGAUGGAAAAGGAAGGUGGGGAGUGUACUCCAAAUGUUAUAACUUAUACGUCAGUCAUUCAGAGCUUGUGUGAAAAUGGCAACUCUGUUAAGGCAUUGCCGAUAUUGGAGCGGAUGGAGAGUUUUAAGUGUCAUCCUAAUAGGAUAACUAUGAGUGUGUUGAUCCAAGGACUUUGUGGUGAAGGGUACAUAGACAAGGCAUUUAAACUUGUUAGUGAUGUAGUUGUUGGAAAUCACGUGUCACGAGGUGAAUUCUAUAGUUCCCUUGUGAUCUCUUUGUUGAGGAUCAAAAGAUUUGAGGAGGCAGAGAAGCUUUUCAUGUGGAUGUUGGGAAGUGAUGUGAGGCCAGAUGGGUUAUCAUGUAGUGUCUUGAUGAAGGAUUUGUGUUUCAAAGGAAGAUUUAUAGAUGCUUUUAGUCUAUAUGAGGAUAUUGAGAAGAAGGGGUUUGUAUUGACAAUUGAUUCUGAUAUAUACUCAGCAUUACUUGUUGGUCUUUGUGAGGAAAACCGUGUGGUAGAGGUGGCGAAACUGGCCAAUGUUAUGGUUGAGAAAGGGAUUAAAAUCAAUGCUUAUUAUAUUGAUGACAUUCACAAGCACCUAAAAGGAUCAAUGGGGAUAGAGUCACUGGCAGAAUUGUGUGAGAUUAGAAAAUAAAGCUGAACUACACAUUCUUUCUUUAGUUACAGUCCUUAUUACUUGUAUCCCCAGAGGACUUUUCUUGUUAUAAAGUUAAGCUACUCAUCGGCAACAGAAAAAAGCAUGUUGGUUGUGCAAUCUUGGUCCAAUUCCUUUGUGAGACGAACAUUACUGAGGCAGAGUUUCAAAGUUGCUACUUGUUGGUGGUACAUGGUUCUUGCACCUUGUGGAGUAGGCAACUUUGUAUGUGGUAGGGCCUCUGAGAUAGUGAGAUGUCUAAUGGUACAGAAUUUCGCCGUGCAGCAGGUUUUUCUGUUAAACCACAGAGAUUCAGGCCUUACCAUUGAGGAAACAUCUUGCUACGGUGGGAAAGCAAGUCUAGACUCCAUUGUAGAGUCGUGGAACAGGCCACAAACCAGCAACUUCCAGAAAGAUGGUUACUACGGACCCCUAGAAGAUUUCCAGCAGUGGGUGACAGAAAUGUUGUUUGCUGAACGGGUUUCUUGGGCGGUGGGAGGGUUGUUGUUUACUGCUGGACUCUUUUUUAUGAGACUUGCAAAGUGGAGCACGAAGAUCGAAGAGAGAUAGUGAUCUUCAGUACCCUCCCCCUGAAUUGAAUGACCGGGGUGAACAUUUUCUUACACCUACCCGAAACAAAACGAGGCGAGGAGGUGGUGGUAGAGGGAGAGGAGCGUAUACUACAAAUGUUGUAGCUAAAGCAGCAAUAAGAGCUAGGCAAACUGAUGGUGUUGGUCGAGGUCGGCGUGUUAGAGUGAAAGAGUUAGACCCUGAUGUUCCGGGGGAAGGCCUUCCUCAAGUUCCGCAUAUAGAAGUUGCUGGUGCCACUCACAAUCAGGUGGAGGGUUCCAGUGAUAAAGAUAUUGGAAUGGAGUGAGGAAGCAGAGAUAAGCUGGUGGCUUCUGAAGAGGAAUCUAGCGUAACAUCUCUUCUUGAAAUGGGAAUUUUCCAAAGUAUGUUCGUAUGAUGUAAAAUUAAGGGGGUGUGUUGCAAAUUAACAGUAACGGAGAAAGUGUGAUAGAAAUCUGUUAUGGAUAUCUUGAAGAGAUUUGAAUGUGUAUCUCAAAGAAGCUAAUCUGGAUUGUAUCCUUGAAGUCAAUUUUUAUUUCAGAUAGAGGGAGUGAUGAAAAAGAUGAAAAACAGGCAUCUUGUGAUGAGGAUAUACAAUUUCUGUUCUUGCUUGUUGAAACUUGCAGGUUUGCUGACAUGUCAAAUCUUGAAGGUUGAAGAGAUUUCAUUGCAACAAAUGGAAGGUGAAUAUUACCAAGUCAACCAACAAAACUCCCUGGCCAGUGAAAAUUGAAAACAAGAUCACAGAAGAUCGCAUGGAAAUAGGAGAGAAUAUCAAAUAUUUGAAGAACUUCCUCAACAAACCUCCCAACGGCUAGAACUACAACACCUAUAAACGGAAGAUCGUUUGUUCACCAUUUUCAGCAUUCAUUCUCAGUCUUUUUGGACUCCUUUUUUCCACUCUCACAAACCCUAGCCUAAACCCAAACAUUGCCAAUCAAGGAUCGUUUGCUCAACCAUGAGGGAGAGGGACCUCCGAAACUGUCUGAUCUCAAUGAACUCAGAAAUUGCAGCACUUCAGGAUGAGAACUAUUCCCUGAAAUCCCAGAUCUAUAACAUCAAUUCCAUAGCAUUUGCUAGCAUUCAAACCGGGGUUCCCAUCCCGCAAUGCCUCGAACAAUUCAAUGACACUCCUUUUGUUGACGAAAUCAUUUAUGUUUUGCUCCCACACUACUUCCAGGUGCUGGCAAAUAUGCCAGAAUAUGACGGAUUGGCGGAUCCAACUUAUCAUGUUGCUGUAUACAAAGUACUGAUGAUGGGAGUUCCAAUCCCAGAAAAUAAGUGGGAAGCUUGUAUGUGUAGAGGGUUUGGUUCUACACUUAGAGGUCCGGCCGUUCGAUGGAUCGCUAACUUGCCUAAAGGGUCCAUCACUUCAUUUGCUCACCUGGUUAACUCGUUUUACGGGCAGUUUUUCAAUUUGUUCAGUGCCAACAAGGCUGGAAGUAAGUAAGUAAGUAAGUUGAUCUCUUCAUUUUCCAAAAGAGUCCAUUACCGGAUUCAUGCUAUGAUAUAACUGCUGUGAUAUUCUUGAAAUGGACAAGGAUGAUACUUAUUUCUUAGACAAUUUUUUUUUUUUUUUUUUUUUUUUUUCUGUUAAGUUUUACGUUAGUCAUGACUGAUAAGUUGAUAACUGAAACGAAGUAAGUGACGGUAAUAUAUUUCUGGGAUUAGUCGCAUUCCCUGAGGCAGAUGAAAUAAAAAUAGAGAAGAUUAUUUUUUC